AUGGAUGACGUGGAAGAGCGGGGCCCCCGGAAGGCCCACGGCGGCCCUUACACGUCCAAACACCCCGUGCCCACCGUCCAGGGCUACCGCGAGCACCGCGCCGAGCUCAAGGAGCGCCAACAGGAGACCGAGGACCUCCAGAACCAGCAGGACCAGGAUGAUGCUGCAGGACAGCGGGCUGCAGCCGGCGAUGCCGGUGACUCGAGGGCCAAACGCGCAUAUGAGUCGGUCAAGGCCAUCGCCAAAAACAAGGAUCGCCAGGCGGCCGUCCACGAUCCCUAUCCGACCGCAAACCGGAACCAAAUUUCAGGUCCGCCGGGAGACGACUCGGAGAGUGGCGCCGUCCAAGGCGGCCAUGACCCGAGGCAGGAGGACGUCGAGGGCUCAGAGUCAGACAACGAUGGCAGUCGCGACCAGCCGGAUUCGAAGGACAAGUCGGCGACCGAAACCGUCGCCGCCUCAAUCGACCCAAAGGAGAAGCGCAAGGCUAUGAAGAAGACCAAAAGGGGCGGGGGCGGCAGGGAAGUCACCGACCCCGUCACCCACCUGCCCAUGGUGAUCCACGACAUGACCAACAAGGAUCUCGGCGCAGUGCCCGAGAACGAAGCGACUGUGGGAGAGACGCCGCACACCCUGACUGGCCUCGGCGGCGCCUCAAAGUCGCAGCAGCAGCUGGGAAAAGAGAAGGCGGGUAUCGACAGUGGUCACCAAGGCAUGCGCAUGAUGUUCCCGCCGCCCGAGUUUGAAGACACGAAGCGCGAGAUGGCCAGUACUUACCGCACGGCUCUUGUCGCUGGCCUGGCGUCUGUUAGCUCGCUGGCUCUGCUCGCCAUCGGUUUCAUCACGCUUCUCCAGUCAAGCUCCAGCCACCACUCAGCUGGCGGAUACCGGAGCUGGUGGUUGUGGCCAUCUGUUUUGGCGGUGCUCGGAUUGGCGGGUGCUGGCUCGUUCGGCAUUGUCGUCGCCAUUUCUGGCUGGCUGGACAAAAGAGUCGAGGACGUCUUCGAGGACGAAAUAUGGGAUGCCGCGAGGAUGCGCGAGACGGAACGGAACGGCUCGGGCACCGAGCUGCCAGAGUCGGCGGCCUGGCUGAACAGCAUGCUGAUGUCCAUGUGGCCACUGAUCAACCCCGACCUGUUUGCGUCCCUGGUCGACACGCUCGAGGAUGUCAUGCAGGCGUCCCUGCCAAAGGUUGUGCGCAUGGUGAGCGUCGAUGAUCUCGGCCAGGGUAGCGAGGCCAUCCGUAUCCUGGGCGUGAAGUGGCUCCCUACCGGUGCUGCGGGCCAGUCGGUCGAUUCGCAAGGCAACCGCAAGGCGAGCAAGUCGAGCAAGUCGAACGACCGAGCUGCGCCUGGCGAAGGAGAAAUCGACAACGGCGAUGACGGCAAGCAACAAAAAGGGGAUGGCGGUGACGAGGGCGAGGGGGACGGCAAGGACCGGUCCCAGGAUGCAGAGGCGAUCCGCGAAGGCAUGGAGGCCGAGGAGGGAGACUUUGUCAACAUGGAACUCGCCUUCUCGUAUCGGGCGAGAUCGUCAGGCAAGUCUAUGAAGAGCAAGGCGAAAAACGCGCACCUCUACCUCAAGUUCUACCUGCCCGGCGGUAUUGCCGUGCCCGUCUGGGUUGAGCUGCGAGGCAUCGUCGGGAUUAUGCGUCUUCGCCUCCAGCUGACUCCUGACCCGCCGUUCAUCGACCUUUGCACACUGACGUUUCUCGGCCAGCCACGAGCCGACAUCUCGUGUGUUCCGCUGUCCAAGCACAGCUUGAAUCUCAUGGACGUGCCGCUCAUCUCAACGUUUGUGCAGUCAUCCAUCGACGCGGCCCUGGCCGAAUACGUGGCGCCAAAGUCGCUCACGCUGGCGCUCAAGGAGAUGCUCGUCGGCGACGACUUCAAGAAGGACACGGUGGCGCGCGGCGUCGUGCUUGUCCACAUCAAGCGGGCGCGCGAUUUCAAAGACGGCGACGGCGGCUUCGGGCCAAUGAAGGGAUCGAGCGACUCGUACGUCACCGCCUCGUGGGGGAAAUUUGGGAAACCGCAGGCGUGUACCCGCAUCAUUGUCGACGAUCAGAAGCCAAACUGGGACGAGUGGGCGUCUAUUCUCGUGUCCCCCGACGAGAUCAACGCCGACGAGACGCUGCGGCUGCAGAUCUGGGAUUCGGACAAGCACACGGCCGACGACGACUUGGGACGUGUUGAGCUCCGCCUCAAGGAGAUUAUGCACGAUUCAAAGACAAAAAACCAGAUGUGCGACCGGGAAGACGAGCUGAGGGCGGAAGAUCCAGACGAGAAGAUGCCCGGCAAGAUAAUGUGGUCUGUCGGCUACUUUGCCAAGGCGCAUAUCCAGCAGACCCAGCUUGAUCAGCAGACGGUCGACCCCAGCAUUCGCAGUCUAGACACACUCAAAAAGCAAGUGUCGGAAACGGCAAGGUCCAAGCUACGGGAGGCGCUCGAUUCCAAAGACACGUCCAAGGAGCUGCACCAGCAAGAGGUGCAAGACUGCAAGGAGAUGGAAGAUGCCAUGAUCAUUUCGGCGCCGCCCUUGGACGAUCUGCCGAGCGGGAUCCUGAGCAUCCAGAUUCACAACAUGACGGGGCUUGAGGUGGCUAAGCCGAACCGGAGCAGGACAAACGGCGCCGGGGACGGCGAGGACAGAGAAGACGAGGCCGAACAGUCGGACGACCUGCCCGACAGCUACUGCACCAUCAUCCUGAACCACACCAAGGUCUACCGCACGCGGACCAAGCCCAAGAACGCCAAGCCCUUCUUCAACGCCGGCACGGAGCGCUUCGUCAAGGACUGGCGAACCGCCGAGGUCAUCGUGUCAGUCCGCGACAGCCGCGAGGGUGAGAACGACCCGCUCCUCGGCAUCGUGUACCUGCCGCUGCGGCGCGUGUUCAAGAAGCGCAGCCAGACUAUGGCUACUUACCCCCUUGCCGGCGGCAUCGGGUACGGCCGCGCACGCGUCAGCAUGGUCUGGCGCAGCGUCGAGCUCAAGAUGCCCCGUGAGCUCAUGGGCUGGGACUACGGCACCAUCGAGGUCAAGGCUCCCGUCAAGAUCACCAGCGCCGACUUUCCGGAGCAGCUCCGGCAGUGCAAGCUGAAAUUCAAGACCAAGAUUAACAAGGCCAAGAUGCACACCGUCCAAGACGACGGCGGCAGCAGCGGCGGCGGGGCGUGGAGGCCCAAGAAGCAGACCGAGGAGGGCGUGUUCCUGGGCGUUAUCAAGCGCUACGCGGCGCCGCUCGUCAUCGAGUUCCGCCAUAAGUCGGUCCUGGCGGACGGGUCGCCAGGGCUGGCCGUGCUGUGGCUGGGGUCGAUUCCGGACGAGGAAGAGUGGACGGUGACGCUGCAGGUGUGGAAGGGUGGCAAGAAGCAGCUGCAGCGAGCGCGCGCGUGUGCCAACUACAACGGGCUCGACGACGGCGAGAAGCCCCUCGGCGAGAUGGAGCUCACGGUCAGAUUCUGGCGCGGGCUGAGCGGGUUCCACAAGGCGUACUCUCACCGGUCUAGGAACGCGGAUGUUAGGGGCGUCAUGGAGGUGCUAGACACGGUCAAUGAUGAGAAGAUGGCCGAGGGCGAGGGCGAGGCCGAGGUCGAUGAUCAGGGUGCCAAGGACAGCCACGGCGAGGUGGGGGCGAGCAAAGACGACUCGUUUUCGGGCCUGGGGUUUGAUAGCGACUCGGGCUCGGACACUGACUCGUCGUCAUCCGAGUCUGACGAAGACGGCGACGGACUAGGGAAGAAGCAAGAGUCGCGCGAGGAGGCCGAAAAGCGCAAGAUGCUCCGCAAAGCCGGCGACAGCUCGUCGUCGUCGUCUUCAUCUGGUGGAGAGUCGGAUCCUGAGGGCGGCGGCAGCGGGAGGAGCAAAUCGCUCGCCAAGCCGGUCAAGAAGCUGCCGGCUAAGCUCAAGCAGCAGACGUCACCGCUGCUCAACUGGAAGGGCGGCAGCGACGACGACGGGACGAGGGGGGUCGUGUCGCAGAUGCAGGACUACAAGCGCCACCACAAGCAGCUGCACCGGCAGCACAAGGGCGUGAUGCAGUGGAAGGCGGCUAGGACGCUGGACUGGAUGGCCGACAAGGUCAAUGAGGGCAAGGGCAAGGCGGUCGAUGCCUUUCACCACAGCGACAAGGGGCAGGGCAUCGAGACCGAGGUGUGA